UGCUCAACUGGAAAAUCAGAUAUUUAGAAAUGCAUGCUGUAUUUCCAGAUGCCACAUUGACCUACCUUAGUUUUUUUUUUGGAAGGAUUUUAAACUAAGAUGAAAACUUCUAAAGACCAAAUAUAAAAACCAUAUGAAAGUAUGAACAUGAUGUUUAUUAUAAAACUACACAGAUUCCUACUGUUUAUUGUAAAAUUGAAAAGAAAAAAAAAUGAACGGCUUUCCUUCACAGGAAAUAUUUUAAAAGAAAAUAUCCAUGAGAAAGGGAAAAAAAUAAAAGGAUGAGCAAAUGCAUUAAACAUGGCUUAAAGGAAUCACACUUGAGGAAAAACAGCCUUUUAGACCCUCCUUGACAAAUAUGUGUUCUCCCUAUCCUGCAAGCCCUUUGGAUUGGGUGGGCAGUCUGACGCGUCCCUCUUCAGAUCCUCUCAUAUGUGGAAGUGGGCGAUCCUCUGCAGAGCGGAGCAGGAUACUCCAGAAUCCCUGACCUUGAAAAGACACAGACCUGGCUCUGCUAAAUGAUUUAAAGAUGAAGCCUUUUCCCUGCAGCCUUCUCUUUUGUGUUUCGCUGCUGUUUUCUGACGUUGCACAUGCAACCUACCACCUCAAAGCAGGAAAUCACCAGCUGAAAACCGCACAAAGUUAUGCUCAGACCAGACACAAUGCUCAACCACUACUCAGGACCCUGAAUCCAGCAAAUCACAGAAGUGAUUACACGUAUAGAGGAAGGUAUCACUACCACUACCAGCCACCAAGGAUCCCUCCACCGGUAGUGUAUCGACCUCUUCCUCUAUCUCCACCAGUGACUUACCACAGGCCCCCGGUCCCCAUGCUGCCCUAUCACCACAGGUUCAAUGGGCCAGCAGCACCACACCUGCAUCACACAUACAGAGGUUUAUCUCCACCAGUUGCUCAACCACAUCCCCAACAUAGAGUCAAAGGCCCAUGGCGGUACAAACCAAAAGGUCCAUGCCCUACAAAGUCAGCACCAGCAGCAGCUAUUUUAAUCCUCCCCACUUUUCCAAGACAUACAGUGAGGCCAACUUUCCCUGCAACCACAGAGGCACCAGUGACAUUCGUCAUGACCAAUGCGUCACCAGUGGAGACCCCUGCUCUUUGGAAGCAACCGGUCAGUACCCAAAGCGGCCUCAUCACCACCAUCAGUCCUGUGGAGACAGACACAGACUCUCCGUGCAGGAGUCGCCCCCUGGACCUGGUUUUCAUCAUUGACAGCUCUCGCAGUGUUCGUCCUGCUGAGUUUGAGAAAGUCAGAAUCUUCCUGGCCAACAUGGCGGACACCCUCGAUGUGGGCUCAGAUGCGACAAGAGUGGCUGUGGUCAACUAUGCCAGUACAGUCAAGAUAGAGUUCCUGCUCAAGGAUCACUUCAACAAAGUUAACUUGAAGAAAGCCAUCGCUCGAAUUGAGCCCCUUGCGACUGGCACCAUGACCGGCCUCGCCAUCAAGACAGCAAUGAAAGAAGCCUUCACCGAGCAGUCUGGAGCUCGACCUCGCUCCGGGAACAUCUCUAAGGUGGCCAUCAUCGUGACUGAUGGGAGGCCUCAAGACCAGGUGGAAGAAGUGUCCGCUGAGGCCCGGGCCUCAGGCGUAGAGAUCUACGCUGUGGGCGUGGACCGUGCAGACAUGCAGUCCCUACAGCUGAUGGCCAGUCUCCCUCUGGAGGAACACGUCUUCUACGUGGAGACCUACGGCGUUAUCGAGAAGCUCACCUCCAAGUUCAGGGAAACCCUGUGCGGUCUGGACCCCUGUGCCAUGGGACAUGACUGUGAGCACAUUUGCAUCAACAGCAAUACAUCCUUUUACUGCAAGUGCCAGAUCGGUUACGUCUUGAAUGCAGACAAGAAAACAUGUUCUCCAAAACAGGCGAGGGCGGAGGUGGUGGAGGAUCCCUGCAAAUGUGAGGCCAUGCUGGUUUUCCAGAGGCAGACUCAGACAACCAUCCAGCAGCUCACAGCCAAGCUAGCUGACAUAUCCGGGAGAGUAGAGCAUCUGGAGAACAUGUUGGGCCGCGCUUGAAACUUUGCACACUGGAGCAGACGACUUCUGUGGGCUCCUGUGUUCACAGACAUCAUCUGCAACUUCAUCAGAACAGAUUUUGUCCAUCAACUAAAGCUGUGACUCACAAUUCAGCAAUUUGCAUCACAUGUGAUGUUUAAAAACUAUUGUUUAUGGAACUAAUAUUAAGCCUUAUGAUUGUUUAAGUUUGACUAAAGAUCUCAUCUUUUUUAUAUAUAUAUUUUUGUGCAAACGUAUAUGUACAAAAAAUAUGUACAUAGAACACUUUAUGCUUACUCAGUGAAGGAUGAAAUAUUUUUUAAGAAAAGUAACCCAUUAUAUGUUAAAAUAGCAUUAAUCUAGGUUUAUAUAUAAAACAUUACCAAGCAUUCCUGUUUUAUAAAUUAUGAAUAUU